UUCUGUCCGGGUGUCUGUUGAGCAGACUAUCCUCUCAUGGCUUAGAAGAAAAAAACCCUAUCCCGGCGACUACAUCCGGCACUCCCCAUAAGACACCCUCUAACGUUAUAAUUAUAAACUGUAGUAGACACGAGACUCCCAUCACAUUGUCGUAGUACCCGUCCAGAUUUGAUACAAGCCAGGAUCCUGAAGACACGUGUGGGUUUAUUCAAAGUUCUCACGUUUCAAUAUCCGAGAGAACUGCUUUGCAAAAUAACGUAGAUGAGGAUCGUUGAACCAGCGAAAAAAAGUUAAAGUGCAUGCACCUUGUUUCUCAAUAAUGGUUAAGACUUUUAGCACUCUCUGAGCACAGUUAGCUGCAUCUCUCACCAUAAUUGGAAAGUAAUGGCAACAAUUAAUUCACACCGAUACGCUAAAUUUGAUCUCGUUAAGCGUAUUUACGUUAACAAUAUUUUCGUUUUCGAUGUGCAUACACCUUAUGGGAUCGCUCAAAUGAAUAAGUGCAAAGCAUACCGUCAGUUGACCAUCAAGAAUAAGCAAAUCGACAUGAACAUUUCAAUAAAAAUUUUAAUCCUGUUUCUAAUUCUGAACACUUGCUUUGCAGAGAACGCAAACCAUACACAAUGUGAGUCAGACGGUCACGUGCGUGAAAAGCGUUGGAUUACCUUCCAACCCAGUGGUGGACAGGCGAAACUUACGUUUGGUGUUUUGAGCACUAUUUCCUUCAACCAUUACAAACUGGUCCGUAACAUCGUGGGUAUCGCCAAUGUCCAGGCAAACUACGUCAUUCCAUCGUCCAUCAUCUGGCCGGUGCCGGAGAGCUACUUCAAACAGCGGCUGAACAACGACUUUGUGGACGACAGCCGAGGGAUGCUCUACCGGACGUUGCAGCGAAUAUUCGAUACGUUUGGAACCGAUGGCCGGGAUUGUGUACUGAAAGCGAUCUGUGAAAUUGCCGAGGCUCCGCUGGACCAUAACGGAAUGUUUGGGGAAAUACUGGAUGUGGUGUUCACGUAA